AUGGCUCAAUCGGUCCCGCCCGGAGAUAUCCAGACGCAACCCAACACCAAGAUCGUCUUCAAUGCCCCGUACGACGACAAGCACACCUACCACAUCAAGGUAUCCCUUCUUGGAGCAUGAGCUCUUGAGCUUGAGGUCCUUAGUUGGACCUCAAGAUGAGCUGGAGCUUCAGGAGCCUGAAACUUCUGUCCUUAGGAUAAUCAUAAGACUUCAAACUCGGUUAGAGCUAGGAAUUUUGAAUCUGGGGGUAACUUGAAGUCUGUGAGCACGACUUCUCAAGCUACAAGUCCCUUUAGGCCUUUUCAAACUGACCUGAAAGCUUUAUUGCACCCAUGACCUUUCUUCUCAAGCUAACCAAUCCACCUUCCAAAAAUAAGAUGUGCAGGUGAUCAACUCGUCGGCCCGGCGGAUCGGCUACGGCAUCAAGACGACGAACAUGAAGCGUCUGGGCGUGGACCCGCCGUGCGGAGUCCUCGACCCCAAGGAAGCCGUUCUUCUCGCCGUCUCUUGCGACGCGUUCGCCUACGGACAGGAGGUAUACCGUACUCCCUCUCUACAGUAACCCUUCGCUCCAGGACACGAACAACGACCGCAUCACGAUCGAGUGGACGAACACCCCUGACGGCGCCGCCAAGCAGUUCCGUCGCGAAUGGUUCCAAGGCGACGGCAUGGUCCGCAGGAAGAACCUUCCCAUCGAGUACAACCCCUGA